AUGCCGAAGAAGACUGCCUCAACGCCUGCCUCCACCCCCGCAUUGAAGAAAUCGACUUCUGCAAGCGGACAGAAGACUCUCUUGGGCUUCUUCCAGAAGACGCCCUCGACUGGUUCGCCCGCUGCAUUACCUGCUCGACCGGUAGCUGAGACACCCGUUCCAUCGAAAACUCGCUUCAAACCGGCCGGAAAGGCGUCAAGUUCCCUGACGCCUGUACCCAGCAGUGACGCAUUGGAAUCUGAAGAUGAGGACAACACCCCCAAGGCGAGUCUGCCUCCUUCCAAAAGUCUGCCAUCGCCAGUCUCAGCUGACGAUGAGCAGACAAAUGGCAGGGAGGAGCUGACAUGCCGCGGGACGCCUUCUCGAAGGGCCAAAACCAAGAAGAUCAAUUAUCUUGAGUCGGACAGCGAAGGCACCGACGGCGACGAUGUAUUCAAACCCACUCCUGGCCGCCGGUCUCGACCUACGAAACGCAGACGAGUCUCCCAUAGUGCGGACGAGGAUGUCUACGAACAGGAGAAUGCCGCGGAGCCGGAAGAUGACAUGGACGACUUCAUUGUUCCCGACGACUCUGAAGAUGAGGUACGCCGGCCUGCUAAGCGCAAACGGCCGUCCAAAAGCACUUCCCGAGCUGCGUCGUCUCAUUUCACUCCUGCAACGGAUGAAGUUGAUAUCAGAUCCGACCUGAACAUUCCGGAAGGCACUUCGACUGCUCAGCAGUGGACGUAUGACCCAGAAAAUCCUCAACCUUUGCAGCCGCGCCCUACCAACAUUCCUCCUAAACAGCCGAGCGGAAAGAAACAGAAAGCCCAUAUGACCGAACCCGAACACCGACAUGCUUGGCUCGAAGAUAUUAGAGACAUGGACCGAAAUCCACCUGGCCACCCAGAUUACGAUCCACGAACCUUGUAUAUUCCACCUAUGGCCUGGAGUAAGUUUUCUCCGUUUGAGAAGCAGUACUGGGAAAUAAAGCAGAAGUUCUGGGACACGAUUGUAUUCUUCAAGAAAGGCAAAUUCUAUGAACUCUACGAGAAUGAUGCGACUAUUGGUCAUCAAUUGUUUGAUUUAAAAUUGACCGACCGCGUAAACAUGAGAAUGGUGGGUGUUCCAGAGUCGAGUCUGGAAAUGUGGGCAAAUCAAUUCGUUGCAAAGGGGUUCAAGAUUGCUCGAGUUGACCAGCAAGAGACUGCCCUUGGUAAAGACAUGCGUGAGCGGGAUGAAAAGUCGAGUGGCUUUGCCAGCAAGAAGAGCAAAGACGACAAAGUGAUCAAGAGAGAGCUGGCCUGCGUUCUUACCGCGGGCACAUUGGUCGACGGGACGAUGCUCCAGGACGAUAUGUCUACGUAUUGCGUUGCGAUCAAGGAAUCCGAGGUCGACGACAUGCCUGCAUUUGGUGUGGCAUUUGUCGACACUGCCACUGGUCAAUUCAACGUAUCAGAGUUCGUCGAUGAUGCAGAUCUGACCAGGUUUGAGACACUCGUUGCUCAGACAAGACCCCAAGAGAUUCUGCUGGAAAAGAGUGGUGUCUCAGUGAAGACAUUGCGCAUACUCAAGAACAACACCAGCCCGACAACCAUCUGGAACUACCUGAAACCCGGUAAAGAAUUCUGGGAAGGCCAUAUCACUGUCAAGGAGAUUGAAGCAGAGAACUACUUCCCCAACGAGUGGCCUCAAGGACUGCAACAGAUGAAAGAAAAGGACCUCCUCAUGUCUGCUCUUGGUGCUCUUAUACAGUAUCUGAGGUCCUUGAAGAUCGAGCGGGAUCUCUUGACAAUGGGCAACUUCACAUGGUACGAUCCCAUCCGCAAAGCGACAAGCCUGGUCCUCGAUGGUCAGACCUUGAUCAACCUCGAAGUCUUUGCCAACUCCUAUGAUGGCGGAAGUGAAGGAACGCUGUUCCAGCUGCUCAACCGCUGCAUCACGCCGUUCGGCAAGCGCUUGUUCAAACAAUGGGUGUGCCACCCACUCAUGGACACGAAGAAGAUUAACGCACGGCUGGAUGCCGUCGACUCGCUCAAUGCUGAUGCAAAAGUCCGCGACCGUUUCACCUCACAAAUGACAAAGAUGCCGGAUCUCGAGAGAUUGAUAUCUCGCGUCCACGCUGGGACUUGCAAAGUCCAAGACUUUGUCAAAGUGCUCGAAGGAUUCGAACAGAUUGACCAUACCAUGUCUCUGUUGCGAGAUGGUACAGAUCAAAAAACGGACAGCGAGGGUGUCAUCGGCCAACUCAUCUCGGCCACACCGGAUCUCGAGCCUCGUCUCAGAUAUUGGCACGAUGCCUUUGACCGCAAAAAGGCUAAAGAGUCGGGCAUCUUGGUUCCCGAGCGCGGAAUCGAAGAAGACUUUGACAAUUCUCAGGAUACCAUCGAUGCCAUCAACAAGAAAUUUGACAAUCUUCUGCGCAAAUGGCGCAAAGAGCUGAACUCCAAUGCCAUUUGCUACCGCGACAACGGCAAGGAGAUAAUGCAAAUGGAAGUGCCCAACCGCAUCAAGGUGCCCGCGGCUUGGGACCAAAUGUCUGCCACCGCGAGCGUGAAAAGGUACUACUUUCCCGAACUACGAACCCUCGUGCGGAAUCUGCAGGAAGCGCAAGAGACACAUUCCCAAAUUGUCAAGGAUGUAUCCCGCAAACUCUACGCCAAGUUUGACGAAAACUACGACAUAUGGCUCGCAGCGGUCAAGAUCAUCGCGCAACUAGACUGUUUGAUAUCUCUUGCAAGGGCGAGCACGUCUUUGGGACACCCGAGUUGUCGUCCCGAAUUCGUCGACCCGUCUGAUGACAAUGCUGGCGGUCGCUCAACCUUGGAGCUCGUCGAUCUACGCCAUCCCUGCCUCUUGAGCAAAGUCGACGACUUCAUUCCCAACGACAUCGUUUUGGGAGGGAACUCUCCCAACCUCACCCUUUUGACAGGCGCAAACGCAGCAGGAAAAUCCACUGUCCUACGAAUGACUUGUAUCGCUGUCAUCAUGGCUCAAAUCGGCUGCUACCUCCCCUGCGCGUCAGCUCGCCUCACACCAUUUGACCGAAUCAUGUCCCGCCUAGGAGCUCAAGAUCAUAUUUUCGCCGCGCAGUCAACGUUCUUCGUCGAAUUGGCAGAAACAAAGAAAAUCCUUAGCGAGGCUACACCGCGCAGCCUUGUCAUCUUGGACGAGCUGGGGAGAGGUACAUCUUCACAUGACGGCGUGGCUGUCGCACAGGCUGUGUUACAUCACCUAGCUACACACGUGGGCUGCUUGGGUUUCUUUGCAACGCAUUAUCAUUCGCUCUCUUCCGAAUUUGCGCAUCACGCAGAAAUAGCGCCGAAGAGGAUGAAAAUUCUUGUGGACGAUGCUGAUAGACGGGUAACUUUCCUUUACAAGUUGGAGGAGGGCACUGCUGAGGGGUCGUUCGGUAUGCAUUGCGCCAGCAUGUGUGGGAUUUCAAACCAUGUCAUUGAACGAGCGGAGGAGGCAGCGAAGGAAUGGGAAAUUUCGAACCUGAUGGCGCGAAAGCAGAGAGUGAAGAGUGUGCACGACAGCGGGGACCAGGCUAAGGAGGUGAGUGAGAAGGACGAGGAGAAAGAAGUGCCUUUGGGGAUCCUGAGCGAUCUUGCAUGGAUUCUGAAGGGAGAAGAGGUGGAAGAUCGCGGACUGGACGUGCUGGUGAAGUGCAUUGAGGCUUUGUGA